GUGCUUAAUUUUCAGAGAGGUGUUAUAUUGCAGAAACGACAAAUCAUCUUUUCAGAACUGAAUGUAAUAAAAGUCAACUUUUAUACUAGUUGUUCCGGACUACCCGAACAGAGAGUUUUGGCAUGUGAUGAUUAUAAAUUAACUUUGUGACAUCGUCUUUGUUGAUAAAAUAAAAAGAUUUUGUGAAAACAAAAUAAUAAAUAAAGGCUUGUCACCUUUCCACCUUUCGGAUGAUGUUUGUGAUCAGAUAGAAAAUAAAAAUAAUUAUAGCAUCUCUAAUGUUCCGGAGUAAACAUCCGAUAAUGACAUUAGAGCAGGGAAGUUGACAAAAUAUUUACUUUUUCUUUUAAUUGUAGUAUUUGGACGUGAUAAAUUCUAUUAAGGAUUCAACCAGACUCAAAUAAACGGAUUUUUUGCAUAAUUAAAAGCACGACAAGGAAGAUUUGAGGAUAGAUAUUUGUUUUUAUAGAAAGUAAAAAUAAAUGUUGUAUUCAAAGGUACUUAGUACUUUAUCUAUCAUGUGAAUAUACACAAAAAUGCAGUAUUAACAGUUUUGUUAUUUUCCUGCGUUUUUCGAUCGAGCGAACAGUUUGAAGUAUGGUUAUAUCUGACACUGAGCGAAAUGUAGAAGACGAAGGGCCGGGCUGGAAACGAAUUACACUCCUUUUAGUUGUUGCUGUUUCUUACCUCUGCAUUGGAGCAGCAGUGUUUCAAAAAAUAGAAGGCCAGCCGGAAAUUGAUAGACGGCGUGACCUGGGAGCAGUUAUUCAUAAAUUUUUAGGUAAUAAUACAUGUGUGGAUAUUACAGAAAUGGAAAAUUUUAUGUCUAAGAUAGCUCUUGAUUCGGAUUUCGCAUUGCGAACUCUAAGGAACGAAACUAUAUCUACAAAAUGGGACUUUUCUGGGUCAUUCUCGUUUGUUAUUACAGUGGUAUCCACAAUUGGUUAUGGAAACAUGGCGCCAAGGACGAAAGAAGGGCGAUUAGCAUUAGUUAUAUAUGCCUUGUUUGGAAUACCUCUGACAAUGGUAGUGUUAAGUUAUAUGGGUCAACUAUUAACAAGACUGUCUACAAAAGUGAAUAGAUUAAAAUUGUGUUCUAGAAAACCUGUUUUAAAUAAAGUAUUAAAUAUGGUUCUAAUCGUAUGUCUUGGACUAACUAUGCUGUUCCUUGUGCCUGCUUUUAUUUUCCAACAAGUAGAAAAAUGGCACUAUUUAGAUGGAUUAUACUACUGCUUUGUUACGUUGUCAACCAUUGGUUUUGGAGAUUACGUAGCUGCUAUAUCGGAGAAUCGUUUGAGUGACAAGGGAGCUGGUGAUGUGUAUAGAGUUGUGACAUUUGCUUGGAUUUUAUUUGGUUUAGCUUAUGUAUCUCUCAUCAUUAGCUACAUAACGAAUGUGUUUGUUAAAAGAACAGAACAAGUAGAAAAGUUCACCAAAGAUGCAUUAGAGGGAGAAAUUGACAGACUUCAGCAUGAAUUGAAGAAAACAAAAAAUACAAUGUAUCAAAAAGCAAGUAGUGUUAAAACUAAUGUUAAAAACAAAUCCUGGGGUAAACCACAAGCUGAUGCUAUAAACGAAAGUCAAAAUAAGACAGGUGUUCAACUUCUUAGUGUCUCAAAUUUUAGGACAGUGUGAUUUUGUGAAUGGAUAGAACAGGUGUACAACUUUUAAAUGUGUCAAAUUUUAGGACAGUGUGAUUUUGUGAAUGAAUAGAAUAGGUGUACAACUUUUAAAUGUGUAAAAUUUCAGGAUAAUGUGAUUUUGUAAAUGGAUAGAACAGGUGUACAACUUUUAAAUGUGUCAAAUUUUAGGACAGUGUGAUUUUGUGAAUGUAUAGAACAGGCGUACAACUUUUAAAUGUGUCGAAUGUAUAGAACAGGUGUACAACUUUUAAAUGUGUCAAAUUUUAGGACAGUGUGGUUUUGUGAAUGGAUAGAACAAGUAUACAACUUCUGAAUGUGUCAAAUCACAGGACAGUGAUUUUGUGAAAGUAUAGAACAGCUGUAUAAUUUCUAAGUGUGUCAAAUUAUAGGACAGUGUGAUUUCGUAAAAUUAUAGACCAGGUGUAAAACUUUCAAGUGUUUUAUUCUAUAGAACUCAUUGUGAUUUGGAUGAACAUAUUAAAUAGUUUUUCAAUGUCUACUAAAUGUGUCUAAUUAAAGGAUAGUAUGAUUAA